AUGAUUGACACUCCACGUUUCUAUAUACCCGCCGCUUUUCUGGCUGGAGUGGUACUCGCUCUUGGAAUAAGAGACAUAUACCCGGGUCUUGAGCGCCACUACCAGCAGCGGCAACGUCGGCGAAAAGGUCACAGGAACGAACAGAAUCAAAGACAGGAGUGUGAGGGCAUAGAGAUUAAAAAUGGCGACAUGCUUGAUGGUCUAGAAUACGGUCUAUCUUGCAGGCCCGGCCCGCCUCCAAUCGUCGAUGGGAUAGAAGGGUGCAUUGGAAAUACGCCUCUGUUUAGGAUUAAGUCCCUAUCUGAUGCUACAGGAUGUGAGAUUCUUGCAAAGGCGGAGUUUCUCAACGGUGCUGGAAGCAGUCCAAAAGACCGUGUGGCUCUAAAUAUAAUAAAAACGGCGGAGGAAGAAGGUCUCCUCCAUCCGUAUUCUGGAGAUGCCAUCUUCGAAGGCACCGUGGGAUCUACCGGCAUUUCACUCGCUACGCUGGCAAGAGCCAGAGGGUAUUUAGCACACAUCUGCAUGCCAUCCGACCAAGCCACAGAAAAGUCGAAUCUCCUCCUCAAACUAGGUGCUGUCGUAGAUCGUGUGCCACCAGCACCAAUCGUAGAAAAGGGCCAUUUCGUAAAUAGGGCACGCGCUCUCGCGAAAUCCCAUUCCCCAUCUCCAGAAUCUUCUCCAGUCCGCCCUUCCUCGUCAAGCCGUCAUCAUCCCCAGGUGCACGAAAUAGCUGAGACGCCAGACGCAGAUCUCUAUGCCUCGCAUGCGGCUGGUAAACAAGGUCGGGGUUUUUUUGCAGACCAAUUCGAAAAUCCAGCAAAUUGGCAGGCUCACUUUCGAACAACUGGUCCGGAGAUCUUCGCUCAGUGCGGUGGUAAACUUGACGCAUUUGUUGCCGGUGCAGGAACCGGAGGCACCAUAUCGGGUAUCGCACUGUUUCUGAAACCUCGCAUUCCUGAAAUGUCUGUCGUGCUUGCAGAUCCACAGGGAAGCGGUCUUUAUAAUCGCGUUCGUUAUGGAGUCAUGUUCGACGUGAAGGAGCGGGAGGGAACCAGGAGGCGAAGACAGAUGGAUACCAUUGUCGAGGGUAUCGGAAUCAACCGCGUUACCGUAAAUUUCGAGGCUGGGAGAGAGCUAGUGGAUGAUGCUGUUAGGGUUACAGACGUUCAGGCUAUUGCGAUGGCGAGGUGGUUAGUGGAAAAAGAUGGUAUAUUUAUCGGGAGCAGCAGUGCGGUCAAUUGUUUCGCAGCAGUCAAAACAGCCAUGAAGCUUGGACCUGGGCACAGGGUUGUGACGAUACUCUGCGAUUCAGGCACGCGGCAUUUAUCGAAAUUUUGGGAAAAGGCUGGCAAUGUUGGAAGUGCUGUUGACACCAAGCUCGAGGAUGUUCUUAAUGCAAAGGGUGAAGAGGAGUAA